GAAUUAAAAUGGAACGAUUAGAUUAUUGUUGAACAGUUUCACCAGUGGUCAAUUCUGGCCUGCUUUUUCUCCUGCAAAUAGCCGGCGUGUUCUUUCACUCCACAAAAAAUUAAAACUGGAGUUAACGUACACAUUUUUGAUCCGAACAUACGGCAUUUCAUAUGCAAAUAAUUCCUCCACGCUGGUAUUAAAGAAGUUCUGAUUCUUAUUCCCAUUCUCCAAGAUGGAAAACCUCUCUUCCCGAUGUCUUCAAAACAUCUCGUCGGAAGAGAUUCGAAAUUUCAUGGGUACGGUAUUUGGAAAUCCUUGGUCUGAAUGUAAUCCAGAUGGUAUCUUCCCAAUGGGCAUUGCAGAGAAUAGACUUAUGCAUGAUGAAAUUGCAAACUAUAUAAACUCGAAUUUCCGAGUAACCCCAAAAAUGCUCACAUAUGGAGAUGGACCAACUGGUUCUUUUGAAUUGCGUGCUGCUCUGGCCGCAUUCUGGAACUCAAAUUUUUCACCAAAAGAAUCUGUAUCCAGGGAUCAUGUAACAGUUAUGGGAGGAGGUUCUUCUAUUCUCGAUGCAUUAAGUUAUUGUAUCGCCGAAAAAGAUGAAGCAAUUUUAGUUGCUCAACCUUUCUAUGUUGGAUUCGUUGGAGAUUUUGAGGAUCGUGCUAGAGUCAAAGUGGCUCCUGUGCCGAUCGGUUCACUCGAAGAUGUGACUACCAUGACUGGAGUCAAGAAACAUGAAGAAGCACUUAUUGCCUCGAGAGAAAAGGGUAUUAAGAUCCGGGGACUCAUGCUCUGUAAUCCUCAUAAUCCUCUUGGAAGAUGUUAUGCACCAGAAGUCCUAGAAGCGUAUCUUUCUCUCUGCUCAAAAUACAAUAUUCACCUCAUAAGUGAUGAAGUGUAUGCAAUGGCUGUUUUUUCAAAUCAGGAUAUACCGGAUCCAAUGUCUUUUACCUCGAUACUUUCAUUAGACAUUGGGAAGUUUUGUGAUCCGGCUUUGGUUUUGGUGGUCUAUGGUAUGAGCAAGGAUUUCUGCUCAAAUGGCCUACGUAUUGGAUGUAUCAUCUCACAACAUAAUCCCACCCUUCAUCGUACUCUUGGAGCAAUAUCAAAAUUCGCUUGGGCAUCUUCGUUAUCUGAUCAUGUAUGGACAUUAAUGUUGAAUGAUCAAGAGUUUUUAGAUUAUUAUUUCUCAACUCUUGCUCAAAAAAUGAGAAAUGCGUAUGAGCUCUGCACCAGGCGAUUGAAAGAAUUCAACAUUUCUUAUAUUCCCGCAUCUUGCGGUCCCUUCAUUUGGAUAGAUCUUCGUUCAUAUCUUACAUCCCCAACCAUCGAGGCAGAACGUAUACUCUCUUGGAAGAUGUUGAAACAUGGGAUUUGGCUCGCUACAGGUGAAGCCUUUGCAUCCGAAGAGCCGGGUUGGUAUCGUAUUACUUUUGCUAUGGAUGAGAAAGAUUUGAGAUUUGGUAUGGAUAGAUUACGGAAAGUUUUGAAUAUGGUGGAAGAAGUAAAGACGCAAUCUUCAUUAGGAACACAAACCUGAAGUAGAGUCCUUGAAAAUGGUAGAUCAAUGUGUUGAGGGAAGUAUUGGAUAGGAAUACCCAGAAUUGUUAAAGAUCUCCUCAUCUCAUUGCAAGAGGAAAUCUAUCUCGCAUUCAUUGCACAAUAGAACAUUAGGAUAUCUUCGUGUACUGAUAUUAAACGCCA